AUGGCUGAUCUCCACAUGACCGACCGCCCGGGAUUCACCGGCAAGCUGAACGCGAAGAUCCUCGAGCGCGUCCGCUUCUUCGCGAAGGAGCUGGAGAUGCCGGAGCUGGAGGCGAAGUUCCCGCACCUGAAGGUGACAGACGGCUCGUGGCGCGGCCGUCUCCCCGGCGAUGACGUUAACCUCGCUGACUACAUCGACCACACUGUGCUCAAGCCGGAGGCGACGCUGGAGUCUGUCAAGCAGCUGUGCGCUGAGGCGAGGAAGCACAAGUUCUACGCGGUCUGCGUGAACGGCAGCCACGUGAAGCACUGCGUUGAGUUGCUGCGCGGCAGUGGGGUGAGGACGGCUGCGUGCUGCGGCUUCCCGUUGGGCGCUGGCACCAGUGCCGCGAAGGCCGCGGAGGCGGCGGGCGAGGUCCAGGACGGCGCGGAGGACAUCGACAUGGUGCUGAACGUCGGCGCGCUGAAGGACAAAAACUACCGCCUCGUGUUCAACGACAUCCGCUCCGUCGUUGCUGCCUGCCCGCCAUACGUCACGUCGAAGGUGAUCUUUGAGACGUGCCUGCUGUCGGCGGAGGAGAUCAUCGACUGCGCCAUUCUGUCGGUGGCGGCCGGCGCGACCUACGUGAAGACGUCGACGGGGUUCAACACCGGCGGCGCCACACCGGAGGCGAUUGACAUCAUGCUGGCUGUUGUCGGCAACGCCGCGAAGGUGAAGGCGAGCGGUGGUGUGCGCGAUCGCUCGACGGCCCUGCAGUACGUGAAGGCCGGUGUCUGCCGCAUUGGCACGAGCAACGGCAUCAGCAUUGUGUCCACGAAGAGCCCCAAGAGCAACCUUUAA